AUGCUUGGAACACAACGUUUUGGGCGGUUUUCAUGCUGGAAAAGACUUGUGAACGCUAUUGCUUAUGUUAAACGAUUUCUAAGCGCUAGAAACAAUCUACCAGAGAAAGACUGCCUUCAAACAAGGAAGGAGGCAGAAAGCCUAAUCAUCAAAGAAGUUCAAAGUGAGAUGUUCCCUGACGAAAUAGAAUGCAUCAGGUUAUACAAAAAAUUGCCAAAAGAGAGCAAAAUUGUAAUCUUUGACCCAUUUAUAGACGAAAAUGGAUUGAUGCGGGUAGGAGGGAGACUCCGUCAUGCAAAAAUACCAGCUGAUGAACGGCAUCCAAUUAUAAUUCCAGGGAAACACCAUGUAGCAUUAUUGCUAAUACGUCAUUAUCACGAGAAAAUAAAACACCAGGGUCGACACUUUACCUCUGGUGCGAUAAGGUCAGCUGGCUACUGGAUAAUAGGAGAGAAGCGACAAGUAUCAUCAGUCCUAGAAAAAUGCGUUAUUUGCCGAAAACUACGGGGUCAGAACGAACAUCAGAAGAUGGCAGACUUGCCAGAAAAUAGAAUAACUCCUGGGCCGCCAUUUACUAACGUUGGCAUUGACACCUUAGGGCCUUGGUCUUUCGUAACGAGAAAGACGCGUGGUGGAGCAGCAAAUUCUAAACGUUGGGCAAUUAUGUUUACCUGCUUGAUAACGCGAGCCAUUCAUCUGGAUGUAGUGGAAGAUUUAAGUUCUUCUUCGUUCGUCAAUGCUUUGAAAAGAUUCACUGCGAUUAGAGGGCCAAUAAAAAUAAUUCGCUCUGAUUGUGGUACAAAUUUUGUAGGGUCUGCAAAGAAGCUGAAGCUCGAUUGCUUCAAUGUAGGAGAUACCCCAGUGAAAACAUAUCUAAAUGAUAACAGCAUUCAAUGGAUCUUCAAUGCUCCAAAUUCAUCUCAUAUGGGAGGAGCGUGGGAGAGAAUGAUUGGUGUCACCAGAAGAAUACUAGAUUCAAUGAUGUUACAACACUGUGGGAAUCUUACCAAUGAUGUUCUCGUAACUUUCCUAGCAGACGUUUGCGCAAUCAUUAACUCGAGACCGCUUUCAGCCAUAUCAACAGAUCCAGAAGACCCAUAUCCGUUAUGCCCAUCAUUGAUACUAACACAAAAACCAAACGUUCUUCUUACUCCAGACGUAUCAUUUGGAAGUAAGGAUAUUUACCAAUCGCAAUGGAAACGAGUACAAUACUUGGCAGACGUUUUCUGGAAGAAGUGGCGCGAAAGCUACCUACAAAGUUUACAGUCGCGUCAAAAAUGGUUCGAUGACAGAAGAAACGUAGAAAUUGGCGAUAUAGUACUUCUAAAAGACUCUCAAGUAAAACGCACAGAGUGGCCAAUGGGACUUAUCACGAAAGUUUUCCAAAGUUCUGACGAAAAAGUACGCAAGGUCGAGGUGCGCGUUUCAGGAAAACAUUUGAGUCAUGAAAAACCGGUGACGUACAUUCGUCCUGUGACUGAAUUGGUAGUAUUAAUUGCUAGUAAUGAAAAACCCCUUACAUGUACAAGGGGGAAAGACACAGGAACAAAGAAGAUUUCAGUCUCAGGAUGUAUGGCAAUUGGGGAUGAAGUCAAGACCAUUCACACGAUGACAGAACUCCGGAGGCGGAGUCGACCUAACACUGACCUCGAGUACCUGGACGAGGACGCCAUUCUUAGCUCCUCCUUCUCCAUCCCUGUAGCUAACAAAGUCCAAGAGGCGGGGCGACAAACCUAA